GUAAUUAUCAUCAGUGUCUCUUGCGCUCCGCGUCAUCAUCGUCGGCAGCCAGCUUGCACAAGCUAGCCCCAGCAUCUCCUGCGUCGAUGCACUCGCUUGACUAUGCUGAUUUGCCGGGGUUAAUCUUCAGGCGAUGCUUUGUCAUUCAUUCAGCUCUCCCUGCCCUGUAGGUUUCGUCUUCAAUACUCAGAUGCCCGGUGGUCCAGAACUGUCAAUCGACAUGAGAUGUUGAAAUUUGCCGUCGAGUCGUCUUACUAUUAUUAAUUUUUUUUUUGCUUGUGCGCUGUUAUGUGGCUAAUGGUUAAUCUUUUAACCGCCACCCAUUUGUGUAACCUGCCUGCCUUGUUUCCCGUUAGUCACAAAUUUCUCGUUUUAAAACUCCGGGCGGUUCCAAGAACCUACAUUUAGAAGGAGAACUCGCUGACCGCACCCUGGGUAACAAGAGAAGACCUCGUGUUCGACCAGCGCCUUACAAGACUGCGUUGUUGUGGAGAGAGCCUGGCUUCAUUGUGCGAGAGACCUCAAUUGGCAAGCGUCGACUGUUUAAUACCAGCGGAUGACUCCAUGAUGCCCAGUAGGUGAAAGAGAAAAGUGGUGUAUAUGGUGUGAUGUCGACAGUGUUACUGUGUACGCAAGGUAUCGCAUAGCGCUGAGCCAAGCCGGAGAAGAAUUACCAGUCUGGAAACCCGAUACUCCGAAGACUGUUUUGACAUCUAUUCCCAUCGGCCGGUUUCUUUACUGUCUCGAAAGACGCCUAUUGCAGCUAUCCUCUGCGGGGAAGGUAUUAAGCCCGUUCAUUCUUGCAGACACUUGUAAUUUCAAGACGCGGAGUCGCAGGGACCUUGUCGCGUUGUGGCGAAACAUCAAAUAGUACAUGGCUGUAAACACAUUGUGAACAGUGUUCUGUCCGAUUUCUAGACCAUUUUUUUUUCAACUUUAUUUUUUUAAUCUUGUGUUGCUCGGUAUCCUCCAGCACCAAUCAUCAUGUAAAUGCGGCGAUACGAUCUCACCCGUCUCCACUAGAAAGCCAAUAUCUUACCUCAGAGGCAAAUCCAUUAGGAGGAGUGGACGCGAGAGCAUCUGGAGUCCCCACCGUACCGGCCUCUCGCUACCUCGAUCGGAAAUCGCCCACUUGUUCUUUUCUUUCUCUCGUAAUAUCAUUGAAUAAUGGCCUCUCAUCAACCCACAUCUGGUCCGUCUCCAGUAGGCAACUCUACCGGGAGCCGGACCCAAGCACCGAAGCAAGACUAUGGCCUAGAUGUCUGGCAGCCAAGGGAAAAGUUACCACGCGAUCGGAGCAUCCGUUUACGCGUCAUGCCUGAACAGAGCAACGACUAUCGGGUAGUGGUCUUUGGAGCCGGGGGAGUUGGGAAAAGUUCCUUGGUACUGCGAUUCGUCCGGGGCACCUUUCGAGAGACUUACAUCCCUACAAUAGAGGACACCUACAGGCAAGUCAUCAGCUGCAAUAAGAAUGUAUGCACACUUCAGAUCACAGACACGACUGGUUCGCACCAAUUCCCAGCAAUGCAGCGCCUGUCCAUCUCCAAGGGCCACGCCUUCAUCCUCGUCUACUCCAUCACAAGCCGGCAGUCGUUGGAGGAACUCAAGCCCAUCUAUGACGUCAUCAGCGAGGUCAAAGGUGACAUCGAUGGCAUCCCCAUCAUGCUGGUGGGCAACAAGUGCGACGAUGCUAACCGGGAGGUGACCAUACAGGAAGGCAUGGAGCAGGCCAAGUCUUGGGGCUGUGCGUUUUUGGAGACGUCGGCCAAGACAAACUACAAUGUCAAGGAGCUGUUCCAGGACCUGCUUCAGUUGGAGAAGCGACGGACCAUGAGCCUCCACUUGGAGACGAAAAAGUCCAAGUCCCAAAAGAGGCGUGAGAAACUGAAGGGCAAGUGCACGGUGAUGUGACUUCAAAGGUUGUUAUUUUUUCCCGAGAACUGUUGAAACCAUCGAUCUUUGCCGCGGCGCAGCCAGUUGCGUGUGAAUGCCUUCAGUUGUUGCCACGACAGCUGACUUAAGCACGCAUGCGCGUAAGAAUUGCGGUCCAGACAAGUUGUUACCAAGAAAGCAAUGCGAGCUUGCAAACGGUGACACAAAUCGGAUCGAAUAUAAUGCAAGAAAAGAAGUGUAUCCGCAGGCCGGAUGCAAAGAGCAUUGCAAGUUUGUCUGAAUUUCUAACAAAACAAAGGAAAAAAAGAUUCUGAUACACUGACCAAAAAAGCGAAUUAAGAUCAAGGUGUCUUGGUGAAGUUUGCAUGAAUCAGAGAAACUUAUAUGUUUAUCCUAUGCACAGAUGAAUGUGUUAAUUACUCCUAUCUUUAACUGUUUUGAUUAUUUUGUACUUAUAUAUCGGAAGAAUAACACGAAGUCUUUUCCCCCAUCGGAUAUUUCUGAGGGGUAACCUGUUUUUUGAACGAGGCUGCAGAAUGCAGCUGAAGUUCACCUCUGAGUAGACUGUUUUCUAGCGAAGACGUCAAUUGAAGAUUCGCUUAAUUAAUGCCACUUCGCACUUUACAAGUUACAAAGUAUACCGCCUCUUGUUGGAGCAAUCAGAUGUACACAAUCUUCCUUGUUUUAUACAUAAGAAUAUAUACGUAGAGCAUAUAAGUUUAAGAGAUUACCAAAAGAUGGAAAAGAGCGAUUUACAUUCCUGAUUUGGGGAAAAUGUGUAUUUAUGAGUGCGCAAGAUAUUUAAGAUAUUUUAUAACAUGGUUUAGCCUUAUAUAACUUAUACAGAUCUAUUGAAAUUGUUUAUGAGGUAACUAUUGAGAGAUAACGUAUCAUUAUUAAGAGAUACGGUGUGGGAUGGUGUUUUAUUGUAUCGGGCUUUACAUCCCGACUAAGAUGAAUCUUUCGAUAACCAGUUUUGUACUUCAUUUAAAACGCAUCAAGAAACAGACAUCUGCAUUCCAGGCUACUGCGUCAAGAACGUCUACAAUCAGGUUUAAACAAAGUGUAUAUUGAACAUGGCGCGGAUUUCCAGCCAAAAUAUUCGUGAAUCUGGAGACUUCGAUUUGCUAUCGCACCACUUCGGUGACUGGUUUCUUUUAUAUACUUACUAGCUAGUUCGGAGGGUGUGGUGGUUACCACGACAACUAGGGAUCUGUCCUCUUUUUGAGGCGAUAAAACAAGGUUUCCUCAUCAAUUGGGAAAAAAGGCCAUAUUAUCGCCAGAAACUUUUUUUCAGAGUUGGCUUUUUAAGCUCGUAUGAUUCCAAUUUAUAUUUAAAAGUUGUCAUCUCAUUCAUAGUGGGAACCAGUUGUGGCCCACCACGCCCUGACACGAUGAGCUUGUACUAAAACGAACACUUUAUUGUCAUUUUUAAUAACAAUUAACUUCGACAAAAGAUAAAAAUCUGUAAACGAUCUGCAAAAGAUAAAAAUUGAAAGUGAAGCAUCUAAGAAAACAACGGAAAACAAUUUUGUAUACGCUUGACAUCUCAGAUUUUGAAAUGUCUCUUGGCACGCCUCCAAAUUAUGAGAAAAUGAACGAAACUAUGAAACGGUACGAAUGUGCUUUGGAACAUUGUGACAAUUCAAUUUUGUACAAAUUCAUUCAAUUCAUUUGUUGAAUUGUGGAAUUAACACCAGGAGGGAAGGCAUCUCAAAUUACAGUGAACUGUUACCCCCGAAGAUUUGAAGAAGAUGCAGUGAUAAGUGAGAGGUGACGUUUUAUAUCCGUUGGAGUUCAGCAUCACGUUUUUUCCCUCUUGAAAACAUAGAUACGUUCUUAUGUCAUACAGUUAUUUUUUUCUCCAGUUUUAUUCAUGUUUGUACUCGGAGUUUUUGAAUCAGUGUGGAUUGUAAUGUUCGGCAUUUAUUCUAGCCACGGUGAUACGUUAUUUCGUCAUUAUCUUUAUUUGGAAAUUGUACACAAAUUCGUAUUGUAUUGUUUUUCCCAUUGAUAAAAAUGUAAGCCGAUAUUUAAAGAUAUUUUAUUUAUUGAAAAAAGGAAUAAAAAUACCAUUCCAAAGUUUAAA